AUGAGCUCACUCUGCAAAUAUUGAGAGAGAAAGAAAGAGAGAGAGAGAGUCAGAGAUGGAGAAAAUUCAGCACAAGAAUAUUCACGUUAAUGGCAUCAAUAUGCACAUAGCAGAAAUAGGUGAAGGUCCAGUUAUACUUUUCCUCCAUGGAUUCCCUGAUCUCUGGUACACAUGGCGUCACCAGAUGCUAUACCUAUCCUCCCGCGGCUACCGCGCCAUCGCUCCCGACCUCCGCGGCUACGGCGAUACCGACGCGCCUCCUUCCUUCACUUCCUACACUGUUUUCCACAUCGUCGGCGAUAUCGUUGCCCUACUCGAUUCACUCGGUAUCGAUCAGGUCUUCCUUAUAGGCCACGACUGGGGAGCCUAUGAAGCCUGGCAUUUCUCCUUAUUACGUCCUGAUCGUGUCAAGGCACUGGUAAACAUGAGCGUCGUUUAUCAUCCUAGAAAUCCUAAUCGAAAACCGAUUCCAUCUUUGCGAGCCGCGUUUGGCGAUGAUUACUAUAUGUGCAGGUUUCAGGAACCAGGAGAGGCAGAAGAAGAUUUUGCGAAAGUUGAAACAGGUUGUCUGGUUACGAAGUUUCUCACAUUGGGAAAGCCUGGUCCUCUAUGUAUACCAAAGGAAAUAGGUAUCGAUAAUUCAAUGCCUACACCAUCUGUUUUACCUUCGUGGUUGUCAAAGGAAGAUGUAGAUUACUAUGUGAGCAAAUUUGGUGAAAAAGGAUUCACGGGUGGACUCAAUUACUACCGAGUUCUUGAUCUAAAUUGGGAACUGUUAGGUCCAUGGACUGGUUCGCCGAUAAAGGUGCCUGUGAAGUUCAUCAUGGGAGAUCGAGAUAUUACUUAUACGACUCCGGGUGCUAAGGAGUACAUUGAAAGUGGCGGGUUUAAAAGAAAUGUGCCAUUUUUGGAGGAAGUUGUGAUUUUGGAAGGAGUUUGUCACUUUCUUAGUCAAGAGAAACCAGAGGAGGUUAGUUAUCAUAUCUAUGACUUCAUUCAAAGGUUCUGAAAAUCAUUUUCUUCAAUUGUUAAGCUGAUCUAUAUCUAAAUAAAUAAAUAAAAUUGAUGAUGUAACUUAUGUGGAUCAAUAAUGUAACAGGUUUAUUUGAUAAAUUAUUUUCCUAUCUAUAUUCAAUCAACAUGUGGGGUCUAAGACAAACAUAGUUUUCCCCGAACUUCAAUAUGGUUGUAAUUUAUACAUGUUUUAAAUUCUG